UCAACAAGCUUCUUAGAGUCCAGACCAUUCUGACUCACACUGGUGGAAACACGACACUGCGCCCAGAUUACAGAAUUCGGUUGUCUACUCUAUAACAUGCCUGUUUUCUGAGAACAACCAAACACGUCCCAACUCAUUGGAUUUCGAGAGAGGGGUGGGGUCCACCCAAAAUAGUAGCUUUGAUACUUUUUAGACAUUCUGCUGACGUAUUCAUGGGCCUCAAAUAGCUUCCGUUUUACACUGUCGUUGAUUGGGUGAUUCUACAGCCGACUCUAGUUUCCCAUCGGCAGUCUUCUACUCUGCAGACACUGCUGGUGGAAGCAGUCGGAUAUUCUAUUACACUUCAAUGGAGGAACAGCCCAAAGUCCGGGCACAAGAGAGACGAUAUCACCCCCAUGGAGAAGAAAGAAGUCCCAUUCAAUUGAAAACGUCUAUAAAAAAUGAGCAGAUCCACUUCCAGGAUCAGGAAACGCAGACGAAGAAAACAGGAAAUGGCAAAUUAAACCCCAGUGAUGUUGGGGGGGAAAGGAUCCAGUCUGCAGAUCACACAGCUGGUACCGCACACGCCACCACAAACAAUGGUAACAGACAUUUGACAAAUGCCAACGCGAGACAGAAGUCGACACAAAAGGUUUACUCCUCUGCUCCACCCGCGAGCGGCUUGGUCCAGACUAAGACGAUGACUAGUGAUGACAAGGCCCGGGCCUUGGACGUCCACCACUGUGAGGGUCAGGAAUCGGAAAAGAACGACUCGGCUUCGCUACAGAACGGGGAGGUGAACUCUGUUUAUAUCACCAACGGUUUCUCCGGCGACCCCGCCCCUGACCACGACGGCAGCGGGUCUGAAGGUGGAUACACCACUCCUAAGAGACGCAGGGGUGGAAGGAACGGCAUCAAGACCUGUGAGAAUGUGACGAGAGACGGGAACAGAGACAUGCAGCACGGCUGCGCCUCGGCCGAAUCUGAGGCGUCCAGCCCUGAGGCGUGCGACCCUGAGGCGUGCGACCCCGGGGCCGGCCCCAGACCCUACGGCACCAAGUCAGCCCAUAAAGCAGACGUCCACACACUACCCAGACGGACAGCGGUUCCUGAGGACGCGAGGGGAGACCUGCAGAGGAAAGACUCUGACAGUAAGACAGCAGGCGCUUCUGGUAAAAGGUUUGAGGACCGGACCAAAGCCAAGCUCUCUUCCUCAACUAAAGAGGAUUCUUGGACUUUGUUUAAGCCUCCUCCAGUGUUUCCUGUGGACAAUAGCAGUGCUAAAAUCGUGCCCAAGAUCAGUUAUGCAAGUAAAGUGAAGGAAAACCUAAACAAGCCAGCGCAAGCUGGAGGAGAGUCGCUGGCUCCUCAGGCACCUAUCAGACUGUCACAGGUCCCCAUGUCUGCUAUGAAAACCAUCACCUCAGCUAGCUUUACUAACGGACCCAUUUCUGGAGAUGGAAACGGCGUCCCGUCUGGUGGUACCUUCUUUGCUUCUGCUGCUAGUAGUAUCCCACCAGCCCACUCUCUCCCCUGCGGCGAGAACGUAGCAUCUUCUUCGGACAGUAACUGUAGCUCCUCAAUCAAUCCCGCAGCAGCUUUUGAAACGAGGAAGUGUACUCUUUUCAUUCCCUUAAACCCUUUAAAUAUGCAACCUGUGCUCCCCAGUGCACGUCAAGUGGACAACCCAGCGUCUCAGACACAUCAGAAGGGCCUGGGAGAAAUCUUCCACAAUCAGUGGGGUCUCUCUUUCAUCAACGAGCCCAACAUGGGAGCUGAGGGAGGAGGCGGCCAGCAGCGUGGGGAGGGGAAGGCCCUGCCGGUCACUUUUCAAGGGGAGUGUACUGUCGCUGCAGACCAGCCAUGUCCUGACGCAAGCUCCCCUAGCCCCGAGCCUGCCAGCGUUACUGUAGACCUGGACAGACGGACUAGUACCCCCGGUGGUGUGUCCACUGUUUCCUGCCCUGCUUCAGGGGCGAGGGAAGAAGGAGCCGGCCUUCAUCAUGCUGGCCUCGACAAGUCAAAGGGCGAGGCUAAGAGUCUGGCUGCAUCGCAGGCUGCUUCCUGUAAACCGACUGCUGAGACGGUCCAGUCGUCGUUGACCACCCUGGAGUCGGGGCUUUCCAAGGUGCAGGCCCGGCUCAGGAGCCUGGAUCGAAGGUGUAGCUGGGGGUCGUUUGAUCUUAAAGCUGCUGUUAAUUAUCACACUAAAGAAAUGGGAUACAUCUUAAGUUUGCAAAAACAAGAUCCAAAUCGAGUCGUGCUUUACGAUGAGCCCCAGCGUGCACCAGACCAGUGAGGGAGAAUGUGGACACGAAGCCAGCGACUGGCUCAGUGCUACGGUCACAAGCACGGCAGUUGGGAUUGCUUUCAAAAACAAAACAGAGUGAGAGAGAACUGAGAACGAUGGUCGAGUGUGUGUGUGUGUGUGUACGUGUGUGACAGACUUUCUGUGGGAUAAUGGACUCACAUUUUUGGGGGUUGAUGGGGGGUCAUCUGAUCGAAAAACAAAUUGAAGACGAGGAGGGAGGUUGAAGACAUUGUGAAAUAAAUCAAGGUAUUGGGAAGAAAAUUGUGUGCCGGAGUUUGGAACUACGAAAGGACCAGUACCCUUGCUGUGAGAGGGCUGUUGCCUCCAACUUGAACAGACUCUUGACACUUUCAGCUGUGACAGACCUUGGUGUGUGUUCCUUCUCUGGGCGUGAAAGGAACAGAGCCCCCCUCCAGCCUUGAACCUGUCGAACUGUGGUGACUCUUGUCUCACUGUAGGAUGCCUCAAUCAUUUUAUUUCUCUAUGCGUUCAAACGUACAUCCUGGGUAUAUCCUAGUUUAUGCAUACACAUCAAUAUGUACAAUUGUGAAUCCAUUGUGAGAGAAGUGAAUCGGUGAAGAACGCCUGGAGUGUGAGCUGGUGCUACCAGGCAGGAAGCUUGACAAGGUUUAGGGUUGAACGACAACUGAAAGCAUUGGUCUUCAUUUCUUUAGCGUGCGUCCAGAAUAUUGACUCUGGGGUGUGUUUUUGUUUUGACACUAUUUUUGUUUGUCCUGUACGAUGAGAUGUGAACCACCGUGUGAUGCUCCCACGUGCAGACAAGCAUCAGGCCUGGGAGAGCGUCAGGGCUGGGAGGGUCAGGGCUGGGAGGGUCAGGGCUGGGAGGGUCAGGGCUGGGAGGGUCAGGGCACUAACACUCAGCCAGGUCGGCAUCUGGUGAUAUGUGUGCGGAGCAACCUGACACCAGGACAUUGGUAGAACUAGUCCUUAUUUGGGGAAAUUAACCUAUGUAUCUUUUUCUUUCUUUUUCUUAAGCCCUUAUGAUUUAAUCAAUCCACAUAUUUGGUGGCAUCAGUUAUUUUACUAUAGUGGUUGAUUUCCUCUUCAACUUGAGAUUAGUUUCAAAGAACUUUCAUGAGACUAGUUCUGGAAGAACCAUAAAAUGACUUGUUAUGGAGCAAGGGCUACGUGUUCUCUUUCAGGGGGAGGAUUUGCUGUGUUUAGUCUGUAGAGAGGCCUGAGUCCUAUGCUAUUAUUUUGGCUACAUUUGCAUACACCACUUUUUGUUGCUUGUUAUCUUAGCACGGAGACUUAUUUUUCAUUUUUCUAAUGUACCUGUUAUGUUAAUAUUUCAUGCCAUCUCUACGUUGGUCUUUAAUCUUUUUGUAGGUAUUACGAUUUUGUUGCACGUCUUUUACUGGUGUAGAUAAACGAGUUGUUGAUGAUAAUUGACAGUACUGUUAUAACGCGAAGCAAAGAUUACAGACAAAAAGCAAUACUGUCCGAUGACCCUGACCAUGACAACAGUUGUGAUACCAGUUACUCGCAGGUAACUUCUACUUCCAAUCUUGGGCAGUGUGUAAAAAUGUCCCUAGUUCUCUCUUUUGGGCGGUCAUGAACGUUUAGGAGAUUAAGGUGAUGGUUUUGAGUUUUGCUGACAUGCUUUUCUCCACACUUGUAAGAUGAGUUUCCACACUACCUGAGCUGGUGCUGGCUGACCUCGAGCUGCACGUUGUGUUGUGGACGGAGACCUGUGGGUGUGGAACCACCAUGUUUCACUGGGGUGGUUUUAGCCAUGGGAGGAAGUCUGACUCACAAGUUCCUCUUCCAUGGUAUUCAGUGAUUUAGAUGUGUGGAUUAAUAGCACUUUAUGUAAACUAAUUGUUUUUAUCUUUUAAUUACAAACCGAUAUGUGAGGACAUGAAAUACUCCUUUCGAGAAUGGCUAUAGGCUGUUGAUAUUUUUCAGAAAAACAAAGAUAAAUACAGAAAUAUAAAAUGUCAGUCAGGUAGUGUCGGUGAAGCCAUGUUGUUUUCCGCCGGUCUAGUGGGAUGCCCAACGUUUGACCAGCUCACACCCAGAAUGAGACUUAGGAAUACUCGAAUGAGCUGUGACUAAAAACCAAAAUGUUAAGCUUGCUGAGGGGCGCAUCAUGCAAGCAGCUGGCCUUAACGCUAAGCUUUGGAGCGACGAAGCUCUGAAGCUGUUUGUCCACACAGAUUCCCUUAGUUAAGUAUUCUGUUGUGCUCUGGUGUCAACCCUUAAAUGAAAAAUGUGGUCCUUGUUCGGUUCAGAUGACCUGUCAGUCAUGGGUUGAAACGCUUCUCCUCGGUUUACAGUAGCUAAGAGUCAGGCCUGUUAAUAUGCAAUGGCAGGAGUUCAUCUGCACUUCCUUGUUGUGUCCUCUUGUGUUUUCACAUCACAGCGUGCAGAGUGAUGAGGAACGUCAAAGAAGUCUCACACACCACUGCUACACACACACACACACACACACACUGGCUACGUGCUACACACAGGUUUCUCUGAGAUCACCUGCAGAGGGUAGACCUGUGGGAUUCAAAAGGCUUGGUUUACAUUCAUCGUACGCUGUGUGUGUCCAAGUGGUUUAGCUCAAACUGUCAAAUGUCUUACGGCUGCAGAGUAAGCCAGUGGAAGUCACACAUGCAGUAGUGUAUGCGUGUUUUUAUUUGUCUUAUCCGCUGUGUGGGAAAUGUUACUACUGGGUCUGCUUUGCGUAGUUCAACAGUUUGGACAUAGUUUAUACAACCAGAGGUUAUGAUUAUAUAACCAGAGGUUAUGUCUCUGUCUCUUAAAUGGUCUCUGUCCAUGCGCAGUUCAUGAAAGAACUUGACCAAGUUCCCUUGAAAUGUUCAACAUUCAUAAACCCCCAUGGGGGGGAAUCAGUAAGCCCAAACCCUUUUGUCUCCUCUGUUUCUGAGUGGAUCCUCUGCUCCUGAGUGGAUCCUCUGCUCCUGAGUGGAUCCAUGUUUUUGCCUCUUACUGUACAACAGGUGACCUGUCAGCGGUUAAGUGUUGGUGUGUGUUAUGGACAGUCCUGACAGAGUUGUGUGUAUUGAUUUUAUAAGAAGUGUUCUCUUCUGUUAUAAACAAUUGCAUUUGAGCAGAUUCUUGUUCUGCACAUGGAGUAUCACAAAUGUGGCCCACUUCGGCCCCCAUAUUUUAAAGCACUUAGCAAAUCAAAAUGGGUAUUUUUGAAUAUGCAUCUAAAUAUAAUAGCUUUGCCUAUUACUUUAGUCUUGCAAUCUGUAAACCAAAAGCAGGUUCUUGAUAGUGGAGUACUUAUUAUGUGAGUGAGUGUGUUAGCUUACUUCAUGUGGGUACAGAAAAGCAUUAACAUGAGGAUUCUGGCUGUAUUUUCACCUCUUUUACCCCUGCCCCCCCCCCCCCCAACCCUUUAAGGAUGUUGCUGAAGGCCACCAAGGGUUCGAGAUGAGUGGAGCCUUGUGGCCAGGAUGUUUGGGAGUAUGCACGCUAAAAUGUGUUCUUCAAAUAAUAUGCAAGGUUCCCCUCUUAUGAUUCAUGUUCAGGUGCCUGUGAGAAAAGUAUACUUAUACCAGUGAUUUUUGAUAAUGUUAAUUUUUUAAAUUGCUUCCAAAUUGUAUCUGUGCCAUGUGUCUCUUCGCUCCUUUUUUUAAACAUUUCUAAGACAGUUGCUCUUCAAAUUUCCUGACUGCUAUAAUUUUGCUUCCUUUCACUGGAAUGGAAGAAACUGAAAGACUUAUUGUAUUUAGGAGUUAUUAAUGCAAAUGUCAUGGCUUGAAAAUCAUUUACCUGCAAUCAUUCUUCAAGUUGUCUUCAUGUUAAUGAAAACUGUUAGCUGGGAUACUCAGCUAUUUGUCCAAGGUGUAAAGUAGCACAUCUUUCAAUUUAUUUGUUUGAUUUGUUCUAACGCAUUAAUGUAUUAACUUUUAUGUCUUUGUUUAAAAAAAAAAAAAAAAGAAAGAAAAAAAAAGAAAAGGGGGGGGGAAGCUGAGUUUAUUUUUGAAUUGUCACUUAAUUUAUUCAUAGAUGCACAAUUAGAACGAAACUACUUUGCUUCAAAAGAAAAUUAUAGGGAGAAUUAAGAUGUCAUACCGUUUGAAAAACCUGUUAGACUACUUAGUUAUUAUUGUGGCUGAAUUAUAACUUUCAUUUUAGAGCCUCAAUGUUUAUAUCUUGUGGCCAAUGGCAAUAGUACCCCUUAGUUACCCCCCCCCCCCCCCCCCCCCCCCCCCCCCCCCCAACACCCUCCUUAAGUUCUUGUGAAUGAGUUUUUGAAGCAUUUCCUCCAACAGUUGUGGUGUGUGUGUGCGUGCGUGCGUGCGUGCGUGCGUGCGCCAGUCGGACCCUGGUUUUGUGUUGGCGAGGCUCUUGGUUUUUUGGUGUUAAAGUUGGGCGAGCGUGUUGAAGUCCAGUAUAAUAACUCUUAUUACACAUUCGCCAAAAGGUACACUAGAUGUUGGGGUACGGUGACUGUCGCUCCCCUAGGAGGGGGGGGGGGGGGGGGGGGGGGGGGGGGGGGGGGGGGGGGGGGGGGGAGAGAGAGCCAACCAGAGGGAGUACCUAAUGGGGUUAAGCCAGGCGUGUGUUCCUGUGAGUGUUGUCUCAACUGUAGCAGCUGAAUGUCACUAUGGGUGUAUGAUGGUAUGAGUGUAGACAAAUACUAAAAGAAAAACAAUAUAUAAUAGACAUAACAAAUACCGAAAGUGCUGCUUCUUCACGCAGUUUUCAACUGUAACGGGGAAAAGCUGGACUGUAUGUUUGUGUUCCAUUUGGACUUUUCUCUUAUUUCUUGUUGCCCAUGUUUGUUGUAAAAAGCAUAUUGUGUGUAUGGGGGGGUAGCCUUUACGGUUUAUGGCAUCGAAAAGUGAUCUGUGAACUCACACCUCUCUCUGUGAUAGGGACAAGGGAAAUGUGAGUCUUGCUUGUGUCUGAGAGGUUAUGUGCUAAAGCUGAGAGGUGUGUUUGAGAAUCACAGAUGAAGCACAUCUUCGUUUCUCGUGGCUGUUGUGCCUGCCGUUACUAGUCUGCUCCUGGUCAGUUGACACCCUCAGAAUUUUCCAAGGCAGCAGCAUGAUUUUUUUUCUUUUUUUUCUGAAUUUAACCAAUGCAUCUCAUUACAAAUACCUAAAUGUUUUUUUUUGUUUUUUUUUUAAGCAUGAUAACCCUCCAAAUUCAAAACCAAUGUAAUACAUUUAAUUAAAAAAACUUGUGUUCACGAUUUCAGUUUCCAUUAAAAUGUUCAAUUUUCUUUAAAAAUC